GGUCCUUCGCUGCCAGGACCACCAGGGCUUCCAGGCCAGGUUGGGAUUCCUGGAGAGAUCGGAGCACUGGGACCCAAGGUGAGGGGUCACAAAGGGGCAUGGGAAACCCCCCUCCUUACCCCAAUAUCCGCUUCUCCGCACCUUGGGGCUCCUGGAGUAAACAAGGAUGACCCUGCAAAAUGGGGCGACCCUGGACCUGAUGGCCCGCGGGGUCCCCCCGGUCCCCCAGGGAAACCCUGCCCAACCAGCUGCCCGCCGGGUCCCAAGGGCCCCCAGGGACUGCAGGGACUGAAGGGCCCCAAGGGGGAUGUUGGUGUCUCCGGAGAGCAAGGUGUCCCAGGCCCCCCGGGACCCCAGGGCCUGAGGGGUUACCCCGGGAUGGAGGGACCCAAGGGCGAGACGGGUCCUGCUGGUUACAAAGGGAUGGUCGGGACCAUCUGGGCUGCGGGGCGGCCGGGCAGGGAAGGCCCCAAGGGACCACCCGGGGACCCCGGUGAGAAGGGAGAUCUGGGUGGCCGUGGCAUCAGGGGUCCCCAAGGAGACAUCGGCCCCAAGGGGGAGAACGGUCUCCCGGGCAUCGAUGGCAAGGACGGCACCCCGGGCAUCCCAGGCGUGAAGGUGAGCAGCUGUGGGCAGGGGCUGCUGGGGGGGACAGCAAGUGGCAUAAAGGUGGCGUGGGACAAGCUGGCCGCCCGGGGCUUCCAGGACACCGGGGACAAGCUGGUGGCGUGGGACAAGCUGGCCGCCCGGGGCUUCCAGGACACCGGGGACAAGCUGGCUUGCCGGGCCAGCCGGGGAGCAAAGGUGGCCCAGGAGACAAGGGUGAAGCGGGUGCUCGGGGCCAGCCCGGUGUCACCGGUGCCCCAGGGCAGAUCGGUGAACCAGGACCUCGGGGGGAGCAGGGACCGCAGGGGUGACCGUGGGGAGCGUGGCCUCGUGGGCCCCCCCGGCGAGCAGGGCAAACCGGGCUCCCCAGGGAAAACCGGCCCCAAAGGCGGCACC